GGCUCGUCGGUUCGACUUAAAGUUCAGGCUCUGCCGCGCCUUCGCGGACUCGCUCUCCCUCCCUCUACAGCGCCAGAAAAUGGGCCUGUCCAGGCCGGAUGGCGCAUGCGCAUCGGGCGGCGAGCGGUGGGGGUUGGCCGAGCGGGGUCAGGCGUGGAGGGCGCGGAACCUUCGCCAUCCGGAGCUGUCCCGGCUCCGGCGCCCUGGCCGCCGGCUUUUGGGUGCAGCGUCUUCGCCGGUGAAUACCGCUUCCGCUCUCCGGGUGUGGCCGCCAGUCGGCACAGCAUUCUGAAAUUUUUUGGUCAUUGCAAUGAUCUUGAUCGGGAGAUGAGAAAAUGCUUGAAGAAUGAGUACAUGGAAAAGAGGAACAAGAGCAGGGAGCGUGGCAACGCAAUGCGAAAGAGACUUUUUAAUCCUCCAGAGGAAUCUGAAAAAUAGAUCAUAUUUUCACUGGAUGCCUUGGCUAAGAGAAGACCCAAAGACUCUUGGGUGGUAGCUGAAGGAAUCCCGUUGCAUUUGGUCUCCAGAAUCCUUUGAAUGGAAAGUGACCCAUGAGAAAUCGAGCCUUGGAGAAGUAUGGAAACCCUGGAUCCGGAAUGUUGGUUGGGCAGAGCUGUUAGAACUCUCUCUCCUCUUCCAGCGCACCUGAGACUUCUAACGUGUUUGUUCCCUUUGCCUACGGCCCGUUGACAUUUGAGUAACUUAUCUCCCUCAAUAAAAUCAUUGAUUCUAAUCAUA